AGUUAGAUUUAAUUCAGUGCAAGAACAAAAUAUCUACACAAAGCGUUCGUCCUUCGUGCGGACCACUUGUCUGUCGGUUAGAAACUCCAGGUUCAGACGGUCGCGCUGUUCGGUCACGGAGGCUGCACAGGACAUAACAUAUCAAGAUGAAGGUGGUAUAUCUAGUCAGUGCUAUUGUACUACAAUGCAGCUGGAGUUACGGAUCUCCAGGCCCCGACGGUGUAGGUGUAUUCGCAUAUCAAGAUUCAACUGGUCGCAGGUACGAAUGCGUGUAUAAACCCAACAUCAACGAGGCCGACGACUCCUCAGAAUCAUCCAACGUAAACAAAAUAAACGAAGUCUUACCAUUUGACACAAACUGGCAAUGUAGAAGAUUUCUCCCUCCAUUACCGCCAUUACCGCCGUUGAAACCAUUGACACCGUUCAAGCCAUUACGUCCAUUGCCACCUAUGAAACCAUUGCCACGACUGUUAUCACCGUUCCCUACUCUAUCACCGUUUCCCCAGCUGCCACCGUUGCCACACUUUAAAACGCUAAGGGAUACUAUAUUUGGUAACAUAGAAAACCAACAGCGGGCCGCGUUCGAAGCUGCACAAAACUCAUUCGGCGCGUUUAAUAAUUUUCCUUUCAUUCCUAAUUUCGACUUUAGGUAUCCACCGUACGGUCAUUUCAACUACUUUGGGCCCAGUUAUCGUGCGCCGUUUGAUAUGUCGGGGUCUAACAGUGCAUUUGCUGCUGGUGCCGUCGGACCUGGUUUCAGGCACCAGGUGGCUGCCAUCAAUCCUGGGAACCCACAAAUGCCUAACGUAGACACAACGAUGAACAGAGCGCCUGAGAACAGACAAGGUUUCUACAGCGUGUCCAGUUCAUCUUACGCAUCUUCGAUGAACAACAACGGCGUGCCACAAAACCAGCGCGGCGCUGAAACUGUGGUCAACGACAAUGGCAGAAUUACCAAAUACGUCGUGCAUAAUUAAAAAAUAAGAAAUUAAA